UGCUUACUUUUUUCUAUAAAUAAAAAGGGUCGUAACGAAUCAUAACAAAUGAGAAUCUCGUUACGGCUGCUCAGUAAAAUGCCUCCGGUGUUGAAGAAGUUCGAUUAUCUGGUUAUUGGAGGGGGGUCAGGGGGGAUCGCGAGUGCAAGACGGGCAGCAGAGUUUGGGGUCAAAGUUGGAUUAGUUGAAGAAGCUCGUAUGGGAGGCACGUGUGUUAAUGUAGGAUGUGUGCCAAAGAAGAUCAUGUUCAACACUGCAGUACAUGCUGAAAUGAUUAAAGAUCACAAAGAUUAUGGUUUUGAUGUGGAACUGAAACAGUUUACAUGGGGGAGAGUGAAAGCAGCAAGGGACAGUUACAUCAAACGACUGAAUGGAAUCUAUGAGUCCAAUCUAGACAAAUCCAAAGUUGACCACAUACAUGGUCACGCUAAAUUCACAGAUGAUGGGAAGGUAGAAGUAGGGGGCAACCUGUACGAGGCCGAUAAAAUCUUGAUUGCCACUGGGGGUCACCCGGUCAUCCCCGACACCCCAGGGGCGGAGCAUGGAAUCACCAGCGAUGGAUUCUUUGACCUAGAGGACCUUCCAAAGCGUGUGGUGGUUGUGGGCGCAGGCUACAUUGCUGUGGAGCUGGCAGGAAUAUUUGGAUCCCUUGGAGCCAAGACAUCCAUUUUGAUCAGAUAUGACCAGGUACUACGAAAUUUUGACGGGAUGAUCAGCCAAGCGGUCACUGAAAAUCUGGAGCAUGGAGGGGUGGAGGUCUGUCGCAAGACCCAGAUAUCAAAAGUGACAAAGGAAGGAGAUGGCACGUUAACACUGGAGCUGAACAAUGGUCAGAUAUCAAAGGUCGACUGCUUACUAUGGGCUGUAGGAAGACGACCCAACACUGCAAGUCUUAACCUAGAGAAACAGGGCAUUCAGAUGGAUAAAGCUGGACAUAUCAUUGUGGAUGAAUACCAGAACACUAAUGCUAAGAAUAUCUUUGCCCUGGGAGAUGUUUGUGGCAAAGCUCUCCUAACUCCAGUGGCCAUAGCAGCAGGGCGAAGACUUGCUCACCGACUCUUUGACAACAAGCCAGAUCUUAAGUUAGACUACAGCAACAUAGCCACAGUGGUGUUUUCCCACCCCCCAGUGGGCACUGUGGGCCUAACUGAAGAGGAAGCCAAAGCCAAGUACGGAGCGGAUAAAAUCAAGAUCUAUAACUCCACCUUCACACCCAUGUACUACGCCGUGACAUCCAGAAAGGAGAAGUGUUCGAUGAAGCUCAUCUGUGCUCUCCCAGAGGAAAAGGUUGUGGGUUUACACAUGAUAGGCCAGGCAGUGGACGAGAUAUUACAAGGUUUUGCAGUUGCCAUCAAGAUGGGCGCCACCAAGGCCCAGUUUGACGAGACGGUGGCCAUUCACCCCACUUCAGGCGAGGAGUUGGUGACACUCCGCUAAAAAUCUGUGUUCUAUAUAUUUGCAUCUCUCUUCAAGGAUUACCUCAGUUUGUAUAUCCAUGUAAUUUUCACAUAUUACCCAUGAUCUGUUUUUUUAUCUCUCGCAUUAAUCAAGUUGGUCUGUGAUUGAAAUAUUCUUGUAUAAUAGUUCGAUCAUCUAAAAUUAUUCUGCAAUAUUAUAUAUUUCAUGGAAAAAAUAAUCCAAUUAUUGUUGUUAUUAUAACAUUGUGAUAUAUAUAGAGGUUUGAAAAUACAAUAUAUAUAUUUUU